AUGGAGAACUUCCCUGUGAUAAACUUGGAGAAUAUCAAUGAUGAGGAGAGGAAAGCUAUCUUGAAGCAAAUUGAAGAUGCUUGCCAAAACUGGGGAUAUUUUGAGUUGAUGAAUCAUGGAAUACCCCAUGAACUUUUGGAUAGGGUGGAAAGGUUAACAAAAGAGCAUUAUAGGAAAUGCAUGGAGAAGAGGUUCAAUGAGGCAGUGGCAAGCAAGGGUUUGGAGGGUGUCCAAGCUGAACUAAAGGACAUGGACUGGGAGAGCACCUUCUUCUUGCGCCAUCUCCCAACCUCCAACAUCUCCGAAAUCCCGGAUCUCACACAAGAGUACAGGGAUGCAAUGAAGGAAUUUGCAGAGAAAUUGGAGAAGCUAGCUGAGGAGUUGCUAGACCUGCUGUGUGAAAAUCUUGGAUUAGAAAAGGGGUACUUGAAGAAGGCAUUUUAUGGAUCAAGAGGUCCUAAUUUUGGGACAAAGGUUGCAAACUACCCAGCGUGCCCAAAGCCAGAAUUGGUGAAGGGUCUUCGUGCCCAUACAGAUGCGGGUGGGAUUAUCCUUCUCUUGCAAGAUGACAAGGUCAGUGGCCUUCAGCUUCUCAAAGAUGGGCAAUGGGUGGAUGUGCCUCCAAUGCGCCAUUCCAUUGUUGUUAACCUUGGUGACCAACUUGAGGUUAUUACCAACGGGAAAUACAAGAGUGUGGAGCAUCGUGUGAAUGCUCGAAGUGAUGGGACAAGAAUGUCGGUGGCAUCAUUUUACAACCCUGGGAGUGAUGCUCUUAUCUACCCUGCACCACCAUUGUUGGAGAGAGAGGCAAAGGAGACAGACAUGAUAUACCCAAAAUUUGUAUUCGAGGAUUACAUGAAGCUCUAUGCUACGCUCAAGUUCCAACCAAAGGAGCCAAGAUUUCAAGCCAUCAAGGGUGUCUACUCAGUUUAG